AUCAUGUCCAUUUACAAGGAACCACCCCCAGGAAUGUUUGUUGUGCCUGAUCCCCACGACAUGACCAAGAUUCAUGCAUUGAUCACAGGCCCAUUUGACACGCCUUAUGAAGGGGGUUUCUUCUUGUUCCUGUUUCGCUGUCCUCCAGAUUAUCCCAUCCACCCACCAAGGGUCAAACUGAUGACAACGGGAAAUAACACAGUGAGGUUUAACCCCAACUUCUACCGCAAUGGGAAAGUCUGCCUGAGUAUUCUAGGUACCUGGACCGGGCCUGCCUGGAGCCCAGCACAGAGUAUCUCUUCAGUCCUCAUCUCCAUUCAGUCUCUGAUGACUGAGAACCCUUAUCACAACGAACCCGGCUUUGAGCAGGAGAGGCACCCCGGGGACAGCAAGAACUAUAAUGAGUGCAUUCGGCAUGAGACCAUCCGGGUAGCAGUGUGCGACAUGCUGGAAGGAAAGUGUCCCUGUCCUGAGCCAUUACGGGGCGUAAUGGAGAAAUCCUUCAUGGAAUACUACGACUUCUAUGAAGGGGUGUGUAAAGAGAGACUUUAUCUCCAAGGACAGACAAUGCAGGAUCCUUUUGGUGAAAAACGAGGCCACUUUGACUAUCAGUCCCUAUUAGUGCGUUUGCAAGGAAUUCGGCAGAAGGUGCAAGAGAAACACCAGCAGGAGAAUACAGAAAUAGACUCUGAGAGCAGCUCCUCCGAGACAGAGACAGACACUCAAGGUUGCUCUAAAGCUUAGAGCUGCGUUAACAGUGGAGAGGCCAAGCCGUGGGGAUGUUCUGUCUUCACACUCUAGAGUACCCCUGACAGACUCGACAACCAAACCAAUGCCAGAGCAGAGCAAACUGCGGGAUAUCUUCUGUCUCCUUUUACUGCUCUGGUGGAUAACGCUGAACGAGAAGACUUCAUGCUAGACAAAGCCAAGCUUGUGACAGGCUACUCUUAAAAGGUACUUACUAUGCUAGAAAGCUGGAGCAUGUGACAUCAGGUUAUUUUUUGGAAACACCUACACUGGUUGGGUUUUUUUUUUUCUUUUUCUCCAUUUGAUUAAAGAAUGAGAUCUAGACUGCGAA